AUGAACUUGCUCUAUUUUGUUUUUUCUUCAAAAUUAGAUAUACUAAAAAAAAAAAAAAAAAAUAUUUUUUUUAUAAAUAAGUAUUAUAAUAAGACGAAUUAUAAUAAUAGCUAUAAUAAUACAAAUUAUAAUAAUAGUAAUAAUAAUGGUGUGAGAAGAAAAAUUAUCAAGAGAUAUAACGCGCUAAUUGUUCUAUCAUGUAAUAAGAAAUCGUAUUUUGGCUCUGAAUAUAUUUUUAAUAAAAUAUAUAAUGAUAAUAUAAAACAGAAUGGGGAUAAAGCUAGCGAAUUGUUACAACGAGCUAACUAUAUCAGGGAUGUAAAUGGACUGUAUAAUAUUUUACCAUUAGGACUUCGAGUAAUAAAUAAAAUAAAAUAUUUUGUAAACCACCAUUUAGAAAAAAUUAAUUCUCACUGUCUAAUGUUAAGCAUUCUUCAAGCAAAAAAAUUAUGGAAUAUAUCAGACCGAAGUAAGCUAUACAGUGAUGAGUUUUUAUAUGUAUAUAAACAAAAACAACAAAAACUUAAUAAAAAUGCAGAAGAAAUUGUAAAAAAUAAAAUGGAGGAUGAUGGAUGUAUAUUAAGUCCAACUUGUGAAGAAGCAUCUCUAUCAUUAAUUAAUCAAGUGUUUAAUGAAAAUAUAACUGCAAAAUGUUUGCCUAUAUUAAUUCAUCAAUUUAAUUAUAAAUUUCGAAAUGAAAAAAGAUUUGAAAAAAGUUUAUUUAAAAGUAAGGAAUUUUUAAUGAAAGAUGGCUACUCAUUUCAUAGCUCCGAAAAAUGCAUGAAUGAAACUUAUGAAAUUUAUAAAAAUUGUUAUAGUCAUAUUUUUCAACAAUUAAAUAUAACACAUAAUAUUAUAAAAAAAAGAAAAAAGGACAAAAUGAAUGCAGUGGAAAGUCAUGAAUUUCAAGUGUUAUGUCGAGAUGGAAAAUAUAAAGAAGCUGCACACAUUUUCAAACUGGGAGAUUAUUAUUCAAAAAAAUUAAACAUAAAAUAUUUAGAUAAAAAAAAUGAAAAAAAAUAUAUUCUUAUGGGAUCCUACGGAAUUGGCAUAUACAGACUCCUCUACUUCUUAGUGGACAGUUUUUAUGAUCACGAAGGAAUAAAAUUGCCGGAACACCUGGCUCCCUUUACAGUAUAUCUCAUACAAACUAAUCAGAAAAGUAAAUAUUCCUCUACAAAAAUUAGAAAAAUACUUGGAGAAGUUAAAACGAAAGCUGGUCAAGUCUUUACAGUAAACGACGCACAACAAAAAGAAGCCCUUAGCGGUGGUGCAGGAUGUAAUGAAAAUAAGGAAAACAACGAAAACAAAACGAUAGAGUCGACUGAACGCAUAUUCUACAAUCCCCUAAACAGCAAUGAUGUUGAAUACGUUUUAGCCUUAUUUAUAUACAAUACAUUCAAAAAUAAUAAUGUAGACAUAUAUUACGAUGAUACAGAUUUACAUUUGUCCAGAAAGCUAAAAAACUGCGAUUUAAUAGGAGUACCCAACAGAAUUAUUAUAAAUUUAAAUAAAACAGAUAAAAACGUUAAAGUACCUGUCGAUUUUUAUAAUUAUAUAGACAGUUCACACAAUAUUCUCACAAACAAAUUAUAUUUAGCUUUUCAAAAUAUCACUAUUGAACACAGAAAGCGCUCUUCACAGGAAACGAAAAUGAUGACCAUUCAGCAGUUGUUCAGGUAUUUCAAAUUUAUGUAA